GCAUCUUCGUGCAGAACUUCCGUAAUCACAGUAGUAACUUACUUCAAGCAGAAGCAGCUUAAAAGCCCCAAACAUGGGGUCGUUUUGGACGUGUGGUAUUUUAAUGCUGGCUCAUGUCUUGGUCAACUCCGCUACCGGAGCUUCAGGAGAAAAGUGGGGCAAACUCAAAGACCAGAUCGCUGAUGCGGUGAAGGGUUACACUCCAUGCGUGUCUGCCGGCUGUAGCUGUCACCUGAGUGUUCUAAAAGCCGAUCUACGUCCCUUUGAACGAGGCAUCACUGAGGAGUUUAUGGCAUCAACUGUUCAGCGGGGGCUCGGCACCCACUACCAAAUCAUCGGACACAAGCUGUACAGAGAACACACCUGCAUGUUUCCCGCCAGGUGUAGUGGUGUUGAACACUUCAUUCUGGAGGUGAUUGAGAGGUUGCCUGACAUGGAGAUGGUGGUGAACGUGAGGGAUUACCCUCAGGUCCCUAGCUGGGUGCAGCCCACUCUGCCGGUCUUCUCUUUCAGUAAGACUGCGGACUACCAGGACAUCAUGUACCCAGCGUGGACGUUUUGGGAAGGCGGGCCUGCUGUGUGGCCUAUAUACCCCACUGGACUGGGGCGAUGGGAUUUGAUGAGGGAUGAUCUGAAAAUGUCUGCAGCCUCCUGGCCCUGGAAGAAGAAAGUAUCAAAGGGGUUUUUUAGAGGCUCCAGAACCAGUCCAGACCGUGAUCCCCUGGUGCUUCUUUCCAGAGAGAACCCAGACUUGGUGGACGCAGAAUACACAAAGAACCAGGCGUGGAAGUCCGAUAAGGACACCUUGGGGAGACCUGCAGCUAAAGAAAUCCCACUCGUGGACCACUGCAAGUACAAAUAUUUGUUCAACUUCAGAGGUGUCGCGGCCAGUUUUCGCUUGAAACAUCUUUUCCUGUGUGGCUCCUUGGUGUUUCAUGUGGGAGAGGAAUGGCUGGAGUUUUUCUACCCGCAGCUCAAACCUUGGGUGCACUACAUCCCAGUCAAGCAGGAUCUGUCAGACCUCAGGGAACUGCUUCAGUUCGUCAAUGAAAAUGAUGCCGUCGCACAAGAAAUUGCCACAAGGGGCCAGCAGUUCAUUCAGGAUCAUCUUCGGAUGGAGGACGUGUCCUGCUACUGGGAAAGACUCCUCACCGAGUACAGCCGGAUUCUCAAGUAUAAGCCACAAAGAAAGAGCAGCUACAAGCAGGUUAUUCACAAACCCAGCAGAACAGAGCUAUGAGAGGUGGUUAUUGAUCUGGGGCCGGGCUGAGUAUGAAGCGACGCCCUCGGGUUACUCUUACAUUCCUCACUGCAGUCCAGGGGGCUUAUUUUGAGGAAAUAAAUCACCAUUCUGUAAGGUGCUAGGCAGCAUUGAAGGUCUCCUUUAAAAACAACCGUUGGCCUUAAUCUCACAAGAACCCUACAUUGUGCCUUAGUUAAUGUGUCACUGUCAUUUAAAAGUGUGGUGGAAAUAGAAAGUCAACUUUCUGCUUCGAGUCUCACAGAUCAUUUUCAAUGACAAUAAAAUGGAGGUUUGUUAAACUAUUGUUGACAAAAGAAUGACCAUUUAAUUCUCAUCUCUCUAGUUCCACCACUGCAUUUGACUCCUUUACUUCAUUCGAUAAAUUUUACUUUCCUGUGUAGCACUGACACCCAGCGGCAAUUGUAUGAACUGCAACCCCACAUUUCCGCCUUGUUUGCCUUACUUGAGGUGACCUCUCUUUCCAGGUAGUGAGCAAUAGAACGUCCGUGGUGUUUUUAUCUGACUUUAAUGUGGCACAGCUGUUUAACAUGAAGAAGUGGAUGAAUAUGUUGUAAUAUUCACAUUUCUGCCACUGAUCCAGGGUCAUUACUGACGUGCAGAUGUCUUUUCAUUCCAAUAAACACAGUUCUUUUGUCAUUUAUUGCACUUGUCCCUGAAUUAAUACAUGUUAAUUUAUUCUCUUGGCAUCA